AGAAGGAAUAUUUUGGGACUGUAUGUGUCUUAUAAUUAUUUUUCUUUCGUCUAUAAUAUGAAUAUCAUUUUACUCACGGUGUUCUUUUUUGUUACAUUAUAUCUGCCGUUGGAUGUUUGCGAGUCUACUGACAGCCACUGUCCUGUAUUUUGCGAAUCAUGUAACGGGGUCGGAAGUAACCUAGUGUGCUAUUGCAAAUCAGGAGAGUUUUAUUUUAACGACGCGUGUGCUCAAUGUCGUAUUGUUGGGAUAAACUGUACAAGCUGUAGCAAUGUGUCUCGGUGUGAAGAAUGCGAUAUUGGGAAAUGGGGUUUACGGUGUUACCAGGACUGUGGAGCGGGUUGUAAAGAUGGAAUAUGCAAUUCUUUAGACGGAUCGUGUACUUGCAUUCAAGGAUAUACCGGGUAUGACUGCAAAUCUCAAUGUUCAUCAUAUUGCCUGGGUAACACUUGCCUGAACAAUGGCCACUGCAAUUGCACCUCAGGAUAUUAUUUACCAAUGUGUACUGCAAAAUGUUACUCCGCUUGUAAAGAAUGCACGAACAGUAGUUCCUGCUCUUUAUGUCCGUCUGGAAAAUUUGGACAGUUUUGUGAUAAGAGCUGUGACAUAAUGAUUAAGGAUUGUAUUGAUAUGAACUGUCCACAGGCAUGCACAUCAUGUGUUGACAGUGAACACUGUAAUGGCUGCAAUGUUGGCAGAUUUGGAUCAACCUGUAACAACAAGUGCUCCGCUAACUGUUUCGGUGGCUGUAUCCAGUCGUCAGGUGUUUGUAACGCAUGUCCACGGGGAUAUUACGGAUCAAAUUGUGAACAAGCAUGUAACUAUUGUGGUGAAAGUGAUUGUACACAAAAUGGAGAAUGUAACAAUUGCUACCCAGGAUAUUAUGGUACAUUUUGUAAUUUAACAUGUUCUUCUACAUGUUCUGCAAAUUGCAAUCAAACAGACGGAUCAUGUACUUUAACAUGUCCUUCGAAUUGCAUAAGGUGUUCAGAUAAAACAGCAUGCACUAAAUGCAAAGACGGAUACUACGGACAUUACUGUAGUUCAGCGUGUAGCACUACAUGUGAAGAGGGAAAGUGUGACAUACAAUCAGGGCGUUGUAUGGAAUGCUCUUCGUCAUCGUACUACGGCGACUUUUGCAACACAACCUGUAGCUCUGCAUGUUCAACAAAUGGAUGCGAAAGACAAACUGGUAGCUGUUUUGGAUGUAUACCUAAUUAUUAUGGGUCAACGUGUGAAAACGUCUGCUCUGAAAAUUGUGCAAAUUCCACAACAGAAUCAAAAUGUGACUCAAAGGGAAAGUGCAUUAGCGGAUGUAUUGAUGGGUUUACUGGCGAUACGUGUACAACUGAAGGCCGUAGCCAACAAACUGAAGAAACUAACUCUGGUUCUGUGAUCGGUGGAGCGGUUGGUGGUGUGCUUGGCGUGUGUGCUGUCGUAGCGCUAGUGGUGGUUGUCCUGGUAUUGAAGAAAAAAGGGAUUCUUUGGAAGGAGAGCAAGAAGACGUAUGAGGAUAUAACACCAGAAAGAAGCAAAGAUGAACCCUACACAACAUUGGCAGCUGCAAGCACGACCGAGUACGAACUACCCGAUUCGGAGCCAAGGUCCGAGCUGACCAUCGAAGGUGAAGACAACGGGGUGUAUUACAAUGAUGAGAGGGCCUACUACAAGAACGUCGGGGGAAAUGUUCAUAAAACAUGAAAAUGUACACAAACAGAUAGUGCACACGUGUCUAAAGUAUGUUUCCACCGGAGUACAUUUUACAACUGCUUACUAAUUACAUCAGCGCUAUGUUUGGUUCAGAUUUAACUGCAUUACGAGGGUAUCCAUGAACACUGCACAAAUUAUAAAAAUGUUUCGAGUCAUUAAAAUAAUUUUGUAGGUCUACAAAAACGUCUCGUUCCAACAUUUGUAUCAUAUACCCCAUGCUAUGUGUUUUUAAGUUUUUGAUGCAAAAAUUCAAAGUAUUGAAGUUGUGCAUGUUUAUGCUUCAACAAGACAUCUAUUGGUUCCUGCUAGUGGUUAUAACGAUGCAGUUUUAGCUGACUUAGACAGAUACCCUAUUAAUAUCAAAUAUUAUAAAUAUGAAGAAUGAUAGAUAUAUUAAAAACGUUAAGAUAUGUUGUUUGACUAUGAUAGCAUUGGCUUUUUAAUCGUGAUGGCCAAGCAUAAAAAUAACUUGUAUACCAAUGGGUUUGGAUAUCUAUAGGAAAGACAAAAUGUUUGUUAUAUAAAAACUGUUUGCAUAUCAAUAUAAGACCAGUUUAAACGGACCUGGUUGGAAAUGUUUCAUAAAUACCAUUUUUUUCAUUAUGAAAAUCUUAAGAAUAACGAUGAAGUCGAAAGUGCAAAGGUAUGAUAGAUAUUAUCAAAUUUAGAACUUGUUUUGCCAAAGGUAGAAGUUCCAGUCAGUACCUAGCCAUUUUAAGGGGAAGGCAUUAUAAAAUCUACCGAGAAUAUCGGUAUUGUCAAUAUUGUGAAUUUAUUGUUGAAGACGAAUUCCAUGUUUUACCUGUGUGUCAAUUGUAUGGACGCGUACGGGUUAUACAUAUAUACCAAGCUUGAAAUAUGAACUUUUCGAACAUUCAACAAUUUGUUGUCAUGACAGAAUUAAUUGAUUUGAAAACACUGCUUUAUUUGUUUAUUAUGCAUUUUACUUGCGAAACGAUUAUAUAUCUGACUAAUAUUCUCUUAUAUUAGAAUAACAUAAAAUAUGUACUAGAAUCAUUUAUCAAGGUAACAAUAUUAUACAAUUGCAUUAUGUUUAUGUAUUCUAUCCUGAAGUACAUAAUUUUGAUAUUGUCGAACCUGUUAUACCUGUUAUACAUGUUACAAUGUUGUAUGCUCUUUAUAAAUGAUUAAGCCGGGGCAAUAUAUAUUAUAAUAAUAAACAUAUACUUGUUUACAUGAAUAAAAGACAG